AUUAAUUAAUUAAUCAUGGCAUAUCAUUGGUGUUUUGAUAUUGAAAUGAGUAAUUCUGUGACAAGUAUCUUAGUUUUCAACCUUUAUUCCUCCUUGUUAAUGUUGCAAAUCUUUGAAAUAUGUCUAUUUUGAUAACGUAGCGAUAAAGUAAUCCGCAAUGAUUAUGUUGAUCCGGUGACAUCUAUUACAUGACGAGAUAACUGUAUGCAUUGUGAUAUUUUUGAUUUGAUAUUUAAUGGGUUGUGCUGUAUCAGGGUUCCAGCGCACAAUGUCUUUAUUCGGUAGACAUUCUAAUAAUUCUCAGGAUAUUCGAGCGAAGCUGGAAAGAAAACUAUACCUGGCUAGAGAAUCGCCAGAACCAGAUUUCGAUUUAUCUGACUGUCAGAUACGCCGCUUGCCUACUGGUAUAUUUUCGAUAUGCAAAGUAUUCAGAAAAGACUAUUUAUAUCUUCAUAACAACAACUUGCAAUCCCUUGAAGAUGGAGGACAGUUGUCAGAUCUCCAAUUGAUUAAAGUUUUGAACUUAAGUAAUAAUCACUUCACAUGUUUACCUAACGAUAUAAAAUAUCUGGUGAGUUUGACAGAACUAUACCUUCAGAACAACUAUCUCGAAUCUCUACCAGAAGGAAUAAAGUUUUUAGAAUGUUUACAAGUUUUAGAUGUUUCAAAUAAUAAAUUGAGAAGUUUAAUUUCAGUGUUGGGUAAUUUGAAAUGUCUCAGAGCAUUAAAAAUUUUUGAUAAUAAGAGCUUAAAUAAGCUGUGUCCAGAACUAUGUUUUGCAACAAAUUUAGCUUCAAUUGAACUGGAUGGAGAAAAUUUUAUCUAUCCACCAGCAGAAAUAACCACAAAAGGAACAACAGAAAUUAUGAAAUACUUGUGCCUAGAAAUGAAUGUUGACUAUACCACACCGCUUCAUGUUAAUUCCAAUAUUUCACCAACUCAAACUCCAAGUACCAAUUAUAAUGUUUUUGAGAAACAAGUAAACAUUACAUGGGAAGAACAAGAAGCUAAAAUGAUUGAACAGGAAAAUAAAAUACAUAAAGCUAAUCAGAUGCAGAGAGAAAAGUUUUUGUCAGAGUUUUUAAAAGAACAGCAAGAUUUAGACAGUGAAAUAGCUAAAGUACAAGAAAACAGAGAUAUUGAAAGACAGAAACUAAUGAAAUCAAUACAGAAAGAAGAAGAAGACAUAGAGUGCUUGGUUAAAAACUUUAUUCAGGUUGAUAGGCUUAAACCGGAAGUGGUUCAACAGCAACUUGCUUAUGAACAAGCUGAGCAUAAUCGCUUACUAGAAAUCACUAGACAAAAUUAUGAUAAUGUGCGAAGAGCUGAUAUUUUAAUUGCAAUGGAAAAACUUAUAGAAAAUGAUUAUCAUAUUCAAUACCACAAAAAAAAUUACAUCGAUGAUCUAAAUAAUAUUAAGCAAAACUUAUUAUCUCAAGAGUCAGAGGGAACAAAAAAACUAGUUCAACUAUUAAAUGCUAAAGAUGAAUCUCGGACAGUAUUAAUUCAACAGGUUUUAGAAGAUCAAGAUAUUCAAAAAGCUAUGGUUUCAUCCCUACUCGAUAGAGUUGAUGCAAAAAGUUGGAGUCUGAACCAGGAAAUAUCACUGAUUUCAACACACUUAGCCAGACUUAGUGUUAUUGAACAAGAAAAAAAGAAAAUGCAAAUAGCGUUUAAUUAUAAUGAGCUUCUUAUGCAGAGGUUAAAGUUGGUGGACUUUCUAGAUGACCUUUUGGAACAGAGAAAUAAACACAGGAAACAAUUAAUUAACACUUUGAAGGAAGCAGAAAGUGAAAACAAUGUCUCUAAUGAUUUUUGGUUAAAGAGUUAUCAAAAACUCCUAGAUUCCGCCCCUAAAUCUUUAUUUAAUCUUGGAAAGCUAGAUCCUAUUUUUGCUAAUUAUCUCUUGCAGGAAGGAGUUAUUCAUUGUUUGCCCUUCUUGGCAAAGUCUCUUUUAUGUGGUGAAUCUUUAUUGAACAUAACUCAUGAGAGUUUGAAGGAAAGGGGAGUUUCUUUGAAUUCAGACAGAGAAAGUAUUUUAAGAGCUUUAAAAUUAUAUGUGGAAGAGAAAAGCCAAAAUAAUGUAUCUAAUAUUGCACCAGUAAGCUCUAGUGCCCCUCCUUCAGAACAUGUACAGAAUUGUUCAGGUAUAUUGGAUGAUAAAGAAUGCUCAGAUGUAGAGGGUGAAUGUGUUAUAUGCAUGGAUGCAAAGUCUGAAGUUGUUUUUGUGCCAUGUGGUCACAUGUGUUGCUGCCAAUCUUGCGCACAAAAUGAAAUAGAAGGUUGUCCUAUGUGUCGGACAUUGAUAGAAAGAACAAUUAGAGUCAUUUUGUCAUAGUUAUAUUAAUAAAUUAAGAUAUUACAUACACCAUUUUAUUUAUCAAAAUUAAAAUAGAGUAAUUUAUAUUUCCUAAUUAAGAUUUGCACCUAUGGUGUAUGACUGGUAAUUUAAUAAUUUAAAAUACACAAUUGAAUUGUUAUUAUUUCAUAAGUAAUCGAUAUGUAACUACAGGA